AUGGAGUUCUACCUGUACCCAACCGCCCAACACCUAGAGCCGCUAUCUACCCUUCACCGGGCUCCAGAGACACCGUACAAACUAUACCGACACCCCCAAGUUGCGUCUCCUACUGCUUCGCUCUCUCCCACCGACACUCUCGUCUCUCCUACUGCGGGAGCUGCUUUCAAUCCCAAGGCCGAUCUUGUCACCCAGGAGGAGAUGAGUCGCCUGACCGACUUUUACCCGUAUGCCUUCACCGACUUCUUCGGGUCUGGUACGCCCUGUGUCUACAAGACGGGUCCUGCGUGGCCCAUCGCCCGAGGUAACGAGUCGCAGAAGAUCGUCCGCGCGGCUCGCCCCAUCUACAACCACCCCAUUGCACCCACCUGGCUCGAGACUGCAUGGGCCAUCGUCGCCCAGCUCGAUUUGCUGCAGCUGAACUGGAACACGGUCAACCCUCUCGCGUAUGCGAAUGCGGGCGAGGCCGCCUUGAUCUGUGACUUUGUCAUCACCAUUGGCGUGCAGCCCCGCUCUCUCGCCUACGCUGCUGCCGUGGCUGCUGCUCAGGCCGUCGUCGAGAUCCUCGAGGCCGCCGGCUUCCCCGAGAUCCAGGUGGCCUUCAUCGAGUCCGUUUACCGUCGCCACAUGUCCCACCCCAAGCUCAUGAGCUUCAACCCGAUCCUCGACUCUGAGGGUCUUCCCGCCCUGCGCAAGCCGUUCACGCCCACUCUCAGUCCUUCCAUCGCGCCUCUCAAGUCGCCUCACUACGAGGGGGCCGGCGGUCUGUACUUCCGCCUCAACGCCGAGGAGGGCGACAAUCGCGUUGCGCUCCUGACCUGCGCCCACGUCGCCCACCCGCCUCCGGUCUCUGAGAACAAGGUCUACACGCGCAGGAACGACAGCCAGGCGCGUGAGGAGAUCAUUCUCCUCGGCACGGGAUCAUACGAUGCUGCGGUCGCGGCCAUCAUGAAGUUCAUCGGCGACCGGACGAUUGCCAUCACCUAUUGGGAGACGGCUCGCGGUAGGCUCCCAGCGCAGAGGGACGGCGAGCCCAAGGGUGUCACGUCGAAGCGCAAGGAGCUCACGGACUUGAUCGACGCGGCGAGCAACAAUAUCGAAAAGGCCAACCAGCUCCACACCGAUGUCACAAAGCAUUUCACCACGACUGUCUCCCGCGUCAUCGGCUUUGUUGUGCACUGCGCCAAGAUCGAGGUGGGCGAAGACCAGUUCAUGUACGACUGGAGUCUCAUCCAGAUGGACGAAGACAAGAUCGAGUGGGACGACUUCAAGGGGAACAAGCUCUUCGUCGGUGGGAACAAGACCGCCGUCGACUGGGUCAAUUACAUGUUCCCCCAGGAGGUCAAGGAUCGUCGCGAAUUCCACGCGCCCGAGGACAUGCUCCUUGCGCUCAAGGACGUCGUCCCCGAGGCAGAGUUCCGGAACCCCCAGAACUUCGACAUCCACAACGUGAGGACGCUGCUUGCCGUCAAGAACGGUCGUUCCACCGGCACCACCUUUGGACGCGUCAACGGCCUGGAGUCCAUCACUCGUCACUACCCCGAGCACGGCAUCGCCCAGAAGACCCUCGAAUUCAUCGUCUGUGGCUACGACACGGUAACGGCCAAGAACGCCAAGUUCUCCGACGACGGCGAAUCUGGCUCGAUCGUGGCGGGCCGCGAUGGGCGUAUCAUUGCUCAGAUCACGGGCGGUGGCGGCCCUACCGACGAGAUCGACAAGACGUACGUCACCCCCUUCUACGCGCUCCAGGGGGCCAUCAAGAAGAAGUACCCGAACUGCUACCUCGUCCCCGCUACCGUUGUCUAAGUCAAGGUCGGUAGCCUCUCCCAACGACGCCUCUCCGUCCGACUGUCUUUUCUCUCGACCCUGUCUCGCCUUGGCCUGUCUCGCUUUGCUCCGGCAUACGACCUUCCCUUUUUUUUUUCUCUCUCUUUGCGCUUGGUCAUAUAUAUCGUCAGUUUGUCGACACCGACUCCGCGCAUCAACGUCCAGGUUUGUGUUCUGCCUUUGUUUGUUCAUGCUAACUUUGGACGCCGGACAAAAAUCCCAUUAGGGGUAUAUAAAUCCCAAGUAACUUUUCAAAAGAUACAUAGAGCGAUCGGACUUGUACUAUGCGAUAGAGGAUGCUCUCCGAUGCAUCCUCCAGCAAAAAUAUUCAGGAUAGAUGCAUGGACGAGUGAGAUACGAGGGGUACAAAACUGCUCGUCUUCCGCCGCGGUCCGUCGUUCAACGUGUCCUACAUGCAUUCGUCCUCGAGAUC